AUGGCACUGGAGCGCGAGGACGUCAGUGCCAAGCUUGCCGACGCCGUCAUCGCCGACGAACACGACAAUUCCGCCGAGCUCGCCAACCUCAAUAACGCAUGCCCCAAGGAUCCAUUCGCCCUGCCGCGAAUCGACCAGAUUAUCGACGCGGUCGCCGGGUCCGAGUCGCUGUUCAAGUCGACCCACCAGGCCGACCUCAUCACCGACCUCGCCGAGACAUUCGCCAACUUACGACGAUACAAGAUCAAGCUCAACCCUCUGAAGUGUACCUUCGGGGUCCCUUCUGGACAUCUGCUCGGCUACGUCGUCUCCAAGCGCGGCAUCGAGCCCAACCCGGAGAAAACACUGGCGGUCAUGCGAACCAAACAACCAACCUGCCUGGUCGACGCGCAAAAACUCGCCGGCCGGGUCGCAGCCCUCAGUCGCUUCAUACCCCGGCUCGGUGAUAAGGCCAUGCCACUCUACCGCCUGCUCAAGAAGUCAGAAUCAUUCAGGUGGACAGAAGAAGCGCAACGAGCCCUGGAAGAGCUCCAACACGCCCUUCAGAAUGCCCCUAUCCUCGCGGCCCCGCUACCACAAGAGACUAUGCUACUAUAUGUCGCUGCGUCGAACCGCGCGAUAAGCGCGGUCAUGGUCGUCGAGCGCAAGGAAGAAGGAAAAGAGCAACUGAUACAGCGCCCGGUCUACUACAUCAGCGAGGCCUUAAUCGACUCCAAGCAACGCCACCCCUCGGUGCGCGCACCUCGUGAGCUGGACAUCGCCGAGCCUCCUGCACCCGACUCCACCCUAGUCGCACUCGCCUCCGACAGCGACGACUGGACGGAGCCAUACCUAAGCUACCUCGAACGCCAGGUGCUGCCAAUGGAUGAAACCGAAGCACGAGCAAUCGUAUGCAGGUGCAAAUCUUUCACCAUUAUCAACAAAGAGCUAUACAAGCGCAGCGUCUCGGGAGUGUUCCAGCGAUGCGUCGCCGCCAACGAAGGGCGUAAAAUCCUACGCGACAUCCACGCAGGGGACUGCGGCCACCACGCAGGCGCGCGUUCAAUAGUCGCCAAAGCCUUCCGUCGUGGCUUCUAUUGGCCGACAGCCCAUGAAGACGCAGUCGCGCUCGUCCGCUCGUGCGCCGGGUGCCAAAAGUAUGCAAGCCAGUCGCACAUGCCGGGAUCAGCACUGAAGACCAUCCCCCUCACCUGGCCAUUCGCCGUCUGGGGCCUGGACAUGGUAGGGAAAUUCAAAACAGCCCCCGGCGGGUACACUCACCUCCUAGUCGCGGUGGACAAAUUCACCAAAUGGGUAGAAGCAAAACCCAUCAAGAAGUGCGAUGGAAAGACAGCCACAAACCGGUUGCUGGGCAGAAGAGCUCCCCUCCGUGUUGUGGGGCAUCCGCACAACACCAAACAGGUCGACCGGCUUCACGCCCUUCUUUCUGGUGUAUGGCGCUGA